UCACAGUCUGCCUCAGCAGUGGAACAGCUCGUGUUUUCGGAGGUUUUUUCUUGUCCGUGACGGAGGAUUAUCGUAUUUUUUCCUGGUAAAGUGUUGCUUACACGUUCGAGAUGCUUGAAAUCCGCUGCGCGAGUGUUCGCAGAUUGUGAUUGCGGUGGAAUUGAAUGUGACAACGAUUAGGAUUGUUACCACAGUUCGCCAUUUACUAAAUGUUAAAAGUUUGAAGUUUUGUUCUCACUCGAGACGUACGGAAUAAUUGUGGUACAUGUUGUUGACUCACUAUUCACUAACCGAGCAGAGCGUUGAAAAGCUUUGUGUUGGGCACACAGUUGGUGGUAGUGGUGCACCCCCCCCCCCCCCCCCCCCAUCAGCUUGAUAGCGCGAUAGGAGGAUUGCGAUUGUUUGCGUGUAUUUGCCGCCGUCAUUUUCACUGUGGUGUCGUCGUCGUAUCGUCCGUCCGUCUGUCGGUCGCUCGUUUGUUCGUUCGAUACGAAAACGAUACGUGCGCUGCGAAAGAAGACGGCCCAUCUGAACAAACCAGCCACACAAGAAAUAUAGAUCGAGUGCGCAGCGAUUUUUAGAGGGGCAAACAUUGAAAUUGAAACAGCCUUCGAGUUAUCCAGUAAAAUAAUUUGCAAUUGGAAAAGCAGUGAACUGAUCUCGUGAAGCAACAUUAGCCAGCUGCUGCCGUGUAGUAUCAAGAGAGACAGAUAUCCACAUAUAAAAAUUACCAUCGUCGUAGUUUCUCCGCUGUCAAGGAAACGUAGAAGCAAAAGGAAAAAAAUUCCUGAGCAGACCGAAGGGCUAAAUCGCAGAGGAGGUGACGUAAAACCGAAACAAGCAACCGGAAUAAGCGAUAUUUGUGACAUCGUACAUCGACAACUAGGUUGAACCAGUUAGCCCAAAAUAAUGGAAUUGCGUGUUGGUAACAAAUAUCGGCUAGGCCGAAAAAUCGGUUCUGGAUCAUUUGGCGACAUCUACUUAGGCACGAAUAUUUCCACUGGCGAAGAGGUUGCGAUCAAGCUCGAAUGUAUCAAAACGAAGCACCCCCAAUUGCACAUAGAGAGCAAGUUCUACCGGAUGUUGCAGGGUGCGGUGGGAAUUCCGACCAUUAAGUGGUGCGGAUCGGAAGGUGAUUAUAAUGUGAUGGUGAUGGAACUGCUUGGCCCUUCGCUGGAAGAUUUGUUUAACUUUUGCUCAAGACGUUUCACACUCAAGACUGUGCUGCUACUGGCAGAUCAGAUGAUUUCCCGCAUCGAUUUCAUUCACUCGAGAAGUUUCAUCCAUCGAGAUAUCAAACCGGACAAUUUCCUGAUGGGUCUUGGAAAGAAAGGAAAUCUGGUGUACAUAAUCGAUUUUGGCUUAGCGAAGAAGUAUAAAGAUUCCAAAACAAUGGCACACAUCCCGUACCGGGAAAACAAGAAUUUGACCGGUACGGCACGCUACGCCUCGAUCAACACGCAUUUGGGUAUCGAACAAAGCCGUAGAGAUGAUUUGGAAUCAUUGGGAUAUGUGUUAAUGUAUUUCAAUUUGGGAACAUUGCCAUGGCAAGGUCUAAAAGCGGCGAAUAAACGCCAGAAGUACGAAAGGAUCUCCGAGAAAAAACUAUCGACACCGAUAGAAGAAUUAUGCAAAGGUUUUCCGCCAGAAUUUGCCUCCUAUUUAUCAUAUUGUCGUCAGCUGGAAUUCACUCAGCGACCAGAUUACUGCUAUCUGCGAAAAGUAUUUAGAACGCUGUUUGCCCGGCAAGGUUACUCUUAUGAUUACGUGUUUGAUUGGAAUAUGUUGAAGUUUGGAGGAUCUUCUCGUCAUAAUAAUACCAACGAGCGGACCAAAGGUGGUGCGGUGGUACAAACGAACGAUCCUACAGCAAUCGGUACCAGCAUGGUGGCCACUGGUGGUGGAACAGGAAUGGUUACCACCGUUACUGGAACCACUGCCUCGAUCGCGAAAAAUGAUUCCUGCAAACAGCUCGCCAAUCGACUGGUGCAAAUGAUGGCUCAGGCACGACCCGGUGCGGACGGACAGCCACUGCCGGUUCCAGGAGCGCCCCAGCAGCAACAACCGCCCCAACCUACUCAUAACAACAACGCCGGGAGUGCAAACCCGGAGCCGAUUCCCGCGUUUUCCCGACACGAUACCCCUGAACGUCGUUCAUCCAUUCGCUUGCGCGGUCAAAAUCUAGACUCACGAAACAUUGAAUAAUAUUAAAUCCCUUCUUUUAGUUUUUUAUUUACACAUAUAUAAAAUUAAUUUUAUAUACAUGCAGCAACAUUUCGUUUAUAGAGGAACUGCGAUAAUUGCUUGAACUGAAUGCAAUUUGAAUGCUACGAAAUGAACGUCAAGUGAAAAAAGCAGCUGCAAGAAAAUCUUCGAUCCUUUUUUGACAUCUUUACUCACCAAGGAAGGGUCAUUAAAAUAUACAUAGACUAGUUAGAGCAAAAAUUUACACCCAAAGGCAAGUUGGUAUAAAAUGAGCUAAGCAACCGUUAAAUAUACGUUUCAUGCUCACUCGAAUGAGAACUAGCUGCUGAUGAAAAAGAAAAGAUAAGAAACAUUAUCAAUAUAUAAAUAGUUAUAAAUGAAUUAUCAAUUAAUUCGUUAAAAUAAUAACAAUAUGUUUGUAAAGCGAGUGAAAAAGAAAGAAUGAAAUCAGAAUACAGAAGAUAAAAAAAAAACAAAGCAUAUUUGCAUUGAACACUCCCUCACUUUUACAAAAUAAAUGUCGCCAAUCACACAGUCGCAUACCGAAUACCGGAAACUUAAAAUCUUGUACGUUACCUACGUACACUCACUCAACACACACAAUAUACAAAUCCAGCCAGCAGCUGUAAAGUCGGGUAAAAUUCCGCGACAUUGAGAAACUAGUAACACUCUAAGGUAUAUCAAACGGUUGAAUUAGAAACAAACACCCGUAACAACUAACGAUUUAGUCAUAGCCUGUAAUACUACAAAUUCUUUCAUCAGAAAACGCAAGAGGGUGAUACAAGAAAACAGAAAAACUAAAAAAAAAAUAUUCGUCAAAUCCUAUCUUAAACACCCGUACCGAUGAUAUAUGUUAACCUUGUUUUUUCUUUAAAUGGAAAUUCCAAUUGGUAUAUGAAAAUAGUAAGUGUAUAGAAAAAAUAUUGUUCGAACAUAUUAAUACAUUCGAUCAAACCUUACAAUUGCUGUUGACUUUUUCCUGAAAUUUGAACUAGCCUUCUUUUGCUAAAUUUCAAUUGUUUUACCUUUGUACAAAGCUUAAAAUGUCAGAAAACCAACUUUACGGCCUAACCUGCCAUUCGACCGGAAGCGAAUCCUUGAAAGUUUGACAAAAAACCCUAAAUGGAUGCUGGGGCGUUUUUGGAAGAAAACGAUCGAUUCAAAAAUUGCAAAACGAAAAUUUAGAAAUCCAUGACUUGAAUGAACGGUGAAAUAUCGUUCCAAGAAAAUAGCAAAAUAAGCUAGACGUAUAGUUUUGACAAAUGUACUCACGAGUGCGUGUGUGAUUCGACUAGAGAGGUGUUUGUCUAAUUUUCUUUAUUUCGUAAAGUGUGAAUGUAACAAUUAUUCAUUGUUUGAAGACCUGCAAACAAAUAUAAUUUAAAUGGUAAUUGAAUUGAGCGAAAUAUGUUGGCUUGGUGGUAAGAAAAGAGCAUUAAACUAUUAGAAAAGGUUAAAAAACAAGAUAUAAUGGUAAAACAUUAACAGCUAAGAGUAAAUAAGAAAUACCUAUACCAAUCGUGAUAGUAGAGAAGUAAAGAUACAAAAGAAAAACGAACACAUUAAAAAGUGUGGAAUAACAAAACUAGUACUACUAACAAGCGCGUUGAUCUGGUGAAGCAUGACUUGCCUGCAUCCGAAGAACGUCGCGUCAUAAAUCGUAUCGAAAGAUUAACCGUUUGCAACUAUUUGUACAGAAUAAUCUAAAACGUUGCGAUUUAUUCAAUGACUCUAAUCUAUCAUUUCAUCAUCUUAUCGCAGCAGUAAAUCAAUCGUGCGGCGCAAAUCUGGAUGUAUGGAGUCAAUAUUAAUUAUACCAUGCUGUCAAAUAUAUAUGAAUCAAGUGAAACUGAACAGUAGACAUUUCAAUAAGAUUAUGUAAAGACAAGGAAGUAAAAAUAAACUAUGCGGAAGUUACGCAACACAAUUGCCAAGUGGAUUCAAAGCUUCUGCGUCUAACCUAAUGCGAUGUUUAUCGAUAAAAAUGAAACAAUACCUAUGUAAACAUAGUAUAUAAAAUAUAAACAAUGGUAUGAUGAAAUAUCUCUAGUACAGAAAAAAAGUAAAAGCUUGUUUCAUGCCAGAUUUACAGCAGGAGGGGACAAGUUCUAGGAGCAAAAUAAGCGAAAAUGAAAAUUUUUUAGAUGGUAACAGUAAUGAAUAAUUCAACCAUUUAUUGCCGUACGUAUAGAAAAAAAAACAAACAAAUAAAAAUAAAAAUGAUCGUUUGUUUUCAGUUUUAUUUUACACUUUCAUUAAUAAACCAUAAAACAAAACUUCA